AGCCCCGUGCCGCGUCAGUCGUGACGUUGGCAGGUCCCGUCUGCCACGGCCCUACUUUCAUUCUUGUUUUGAUAGAGGCCAUGUCCGAGCUUUAGGAAUUUAGUGGCAUGUAAGAGGGAUAGUAACCAAAUUUAAGGGAGUGGGUAGAAGGACAUGAAGGAAGAAACAAUCUGACAGUAUUGGGGGGGGCAGCACUUGAUUCUUCUGUAAAGGACAACAAACAUGCCGCUUUAAGUUUCUUUAACCGUAAUGAGUGAUGGGGUAUGACGUAGGCCGCUUUCAAGGAGAUGUUGAUGAGGACCUUUUGUGCCCCAUCUGUAGUGGGGUCCUGGAAGAACCUGUUCAAGCUCCUCACUGUGAACACGCCUUCUGUAAUGCCUGCAUCACUCAGUGGUUUAAUCAACAGCAGACUUGCCCUGUGGACCGCAGUGUUGUUACUCUUGCUCAUCUUCGUCCCGUACCCCGCAUCAUGCGCAAUAUGCUCUCAAAGCUGCAAAUAAUGUGUGAUAAUGCGGUGUUUGGUUGUACUACAGUGGUGAGACUUGACCAGUUGGCCUCCCAUUUAAAUGACUGUGAACAUAAUCCUAAGCGUCCAGUGACAUGUGAGCAAGGCUGUGGCUUGGAAAUGCCAAAAGAUGAAUUACCAAACCAUAACUGUGUCAAACACCUUCGAACAGUGGUGAAACAGCAGCAGGCAAAGAUUGCAGAGUUAGAGAAGGCAUCUGCAGAGCAGAAACAUCAACUUGCAGAGCAGGUAACUGAAGCUGUUUAG